CCAUACAGCCGUUCUCCAACUGGUGCCGACGUCACAUGACACAGUGGGCAAAUCCUGAGCUUCUCAGUUGCCACUUGCCACCUGAGGUGUCGUGGACGUUGGAGUAAUAGGUUGUGCUGACACUCGGUCGUUAACUCUCUCACAACUAUGCCGGCUUCACCAAGCUCAACUAAUGUAGGGGCAGUUGCACGGUCCCCAUCACGAACAGUGUCUCCCCGCAGUGGAGGUGGAUCUGCAGGGGGCUCUACAGUAAGACAACGUAAGGCUACAACCACUACCUCUGGUCGGAGUACAGCAUCCACUGGGGGCAUGUGGCGGUUCUACACAGAUGAUUCUCCUGGCAUCAAAGUUGGCCCUCUGCCAGUGCUGGUCGGAUCCCUAGUGUUCAUAGCCACAGUCUUCAUGCUUCACAUCUGGGGCAAGUACACCAGAGCUUAACCAAUAGGCAGUGGCACAGCAUCUUGAAGCACCCAUUGCCUCCCAGAAAUGGUCUUCAUUAGUUCAUUGUGGUUAUCCAGAUUUUGAAGGCUUUUGACUUCUUGGGUUUGUAUUUGAAAGGAAUGGUUACUAGAUCUUCUGGUUAUAUAACUGAAGAACCACCUACUUUGCAGACUUGGAUAUACAGUAUUCCACAUCAAGGUAAUCAUAUGUUGAUCAUUCCAAAGACGUGGUGCAAGUGAUGGAAGUUUGUUAAUUAAGGGUUAGUGGAAAAUGUUUUCUAUAAUAAAUCUAUAUGAAAUA